AUGAGUCAGAAUUGCAUUAAGUUUGACGACAUCGUCGCGAUCCAAUAUUUUGUGCAAUCGGAACAAGAAACAACCCAGGAAUCCCUUUUGGACAUGGCAGCAAGUCGAAUUUGUUCUCAUGUUCCCUUGCGGCGAAGUGACAAGGCCACAUUGAACGAGUUGAACCAAGCGAAAGUUCGAUUCCGCAUCCGAGGGGAAACUGGAAAGUACUUGAUCCAAACCGAUGCCAUGAAAGCCAACAUACUUUUGCAAUGUGCGCUUGGACGCAUUGCAUUUGACGACGAUUACCUUGCCCUCGAAGUGGACACGUGCGUGGAGAUGGCCCUUCGAAUCAUUCGAGCUCUCAUGGAUUUUUGCAUGGAAAGUGGUACUGGCGCACUGGGACUUGUUGCAUUCCAAUUUUGGCGGUCACUGGCGUUGAGAUCGUGGGAGAAUUCACCCGCAACGACAAAAUUGCAGCUGUUGGAAACAGUUGACAGUGGCAUGGCCCAAACACUAAAUGCAAGCGGUAUUCACAGCAUUCGACAAUUGCGAGAUAUGGAGCCCGAGCAGUUGAGUCGUGUGCUGAAAAUGCCCUCCGAAUACUGUGAGCACCUUAUAUCCGAAGCCAAGGCGGUGCUUGACUUUCACCUUCAAGUUCAAUCGUACCUCAUUUCCAAUCGAAUUAAGAUCACUGUCACGAAUUCCCCGUCAUGGGAUAUCCAUGUCAUCGGGACGCGACCUUCAAGCGGCUACAUCCUCGUCGUGAUCACGAAAGGUCGAAUUCUGUUGCUUCGACGUGACAUCACCAGCACGCCAACGACUUUUGUGGUGGAACUGAUUCCUGGCACGAGCUCCAUCUCCAUCCAUUUGCUCCAUACGGCUCAGUUGGGAAUGGACGAAGAAAUGAAAGUUCAAGUGGCAGGCGCCGAUAUCACCGUUCACAAGGUUAGUAAGCAAACGUUUCAACAAACUACAAUUCCAGAAGCAUUCAAGGCGGGUUUACAAGCGAAAGCCGCAAGAAGUCUUCGUUCACAGCUGGCUACAAUCUCGACAAAGCACCACCAAAAGCAUGAAGCUGCUGUGGUUCGGCCCAUUACAUCUCCCUCGCCAAAACGAGCCAAGAUGAAACAGCAAUUGGUACCGGAAUUCGAGCAAUUCCGUUGGCGUGGUCGAGGCAAUGUCCCAAUUACUGACAAGGCAAUACAGAAUGGUCAAAACCAUGCACUCCAAAUUGUUCCCGACGACAUGGACCUACGUAAACAAGUCCAUGGGUCGACAAGUUCGCACCGCCAAGGUCGACAACAUGAAGGAAACAAUGCGAUUCACCACCAGGAUCUCCCACUUGAGAAACCAACCACCCAAGCAAAACUCGACGCGUUUGACGUGCAUACCAUUCCAAUGUACGAACACGAGACCCAGGAACUGACCCUCGAGCAAGAGUUCAUCAAGUACAUUUUCUAACCCUGACCGAUGAUGAAUGGAUUGGUUUGCAAGCACAACUUUCGAU